CCCGGCCCGCCCGAGAUGCCGCGGGACGCAAGCAUGGCUGGCAGCACGGAGGAGGCGCGGCGGCUGGGUUGCGUGCUGCUGCGGGGCCUCCUGCGCUUCGUCUUCAUGGUGCUCAACAACCUGGUGGCCAUUCCGUCCUACGUCUGCUACGUGCUGGCGCUGCAGCCCCUGCGCCUGCUGGACCCACCGCGCUUCUGGUACCUGGAAGGGAUCAUGUACAAGUGGCUGCUGGGCAUGGUGGCCUCGUGGGGCUGGUCAGCCGGCUACACAGUGAUGGAGUGGGGGGAAGAUAUCAGAGCCAUCUCGGAGGACGAGGCCGUGAUGCUCGUGAACCACCAGGCGACCGGGGACGUGUGCACACUCAUGAUGUGCUUGCAGGACAAGGGGCAGGCGGUCGCUCAGAUGAUGUGGCUGAUGGAUCACAUUUUUAAGUACACAAACUUUGGAAUAGUUUCCUUGAUUCAUGGCGACUUCUUCAUAAGGCAGGGGAAGUCUCACCGGGACCGGCAGCUGCUGCUUCUCAAGAAGCACCUAGAAAAUAAUUACAGGAGCAGAGAUAGAAAAUGGAUUGUUUUGUUUCCAGAAGGGGGCUUCCUGCGGAAGAGGCGCGAAACAAGCCAAGCAUUCGCCAAGAAAAACAACCUUCCGUUCCUCACGCAUGUCACCCUGCCGAGGGUGGGCGCCACCGGUGUCCUCCUGAGCACGCUGGUGGUGCGGCAGGAGAACGGGAGCCCAGCUGGCGGUGAUGCCAGGUGCCCAGACAGCAAAUCAAAAGGCCUCCAGUGGAUAAUAGAUACAACCAUAGCUUACCCCAAAGCUGAGCCCAUAGAUAUCCAAACCUGGAUUCUCGGCUACCGGAAGCCUACAGUUACACACGUCCAUUACAGGAUCUUCCCCAUCAAAGAUGUCCCUCUGGAGGGCGACAGGCUGGCCGACUGGCUCUACCAGCGCUUCAUCGAGAAGGAGGGUCUCUUGGCACACUUCUAUGAGACAGGGGCCUUUCCUCCGGCCGAGGGCCAGAAGGAAGCCGUGUCCCGGGAGAUGACGCUCAGCAGCGUGUGGCUCGUCCUCAUCCAGUCCUUCGCAUUUCUGUCAGGCUACAUGUGGUACAGCAUCUUGCAGUACUGCUACCACUGCCUGUUCUAGAAGCCCUGCAGUGCCCGGCCGCGUGCGGGUCUUGCCGCGUUGCCUCCUGGCGCAGGGCAGAAGCCACCAGACGCAGAGGCAGAGGCCGUGCUGCCGAGGACCCGCAUCGCAUCUGGGCCCCUUCGGGUGUUUCAGACUCAACUACAGGCAGGAUCAGCACUCGAAUGACCUGUUCGUAGGUUUGAAGGACUCUUCACGUUUUCAAAAGAUUCUAUCCCACACAUCUGCGCGAGCACUGCACUCAGAGCAGAGGAAGCUGCAGCCCCUCAUUCUGCGAGACCCUCUGAGCGCGUGUAACGGCUCCGGCUCUCCAUGAUUCCGUUCCUGCUCAGGGGAGGGCCAUGGGGCCUCCAGCCCUGAGCUCGCCCAUGGCUCCCUGGGGGCGCGAACACCCUCGUGGGAGGUGGGGCACCAGCACUCAGCAGGCCCAGGGACCAGGGUCUGUGGACAUGUGCCACUCCCUGCGCUGCCCGGGCUGCUCCUGAGCGAGGGGUGGGGAGGCCUGCAGGGCGCUGCAGGCGUGCCAGGAAACACACCCUCCACCUGUGCAUCGUGAACAGGCCAGGGGUGAGCGGAGGAUGGGCGUCGCACGGGCACGGUCCUGGGCUGCUGUCUGUGGCCCCACUCCUCUCCCUGGAGGCCGCUUGUGUCUGAGCUUUAUUCUCCCACCGGGGCAGAGCGCACCAAAUGCAUCGCGGAUGGUUGAGACCGAUUCAGGCCGAGCACUUACAGACCAGCCGGAGGAGGCCACGCUGCUCUUCACUGGGAGGGCCAGGCCGCGCCCCACUGGCCUCCACCAGGCCACACGGGCGGUCACUGGCCACUCAUCUCCCAGCCCCCAGCCUGGCCUGCCCUCCCCCUCACCAGCCCCACCCCCAGAGGCUCCCUCUGUCUUCAAGUUGCUGUUAAAAGAGGAGAGAGCCUGUGCUGGACACUAGCCCCCGACCGUCUGCCUCCACGGCCACGCAGUUCCCCUCACAGGAGACCCGGACUCCAGCCAUGAGGCCCGACCCUGGCCCUGGGACCCGGUGUUGAGGGGGUUUGGGUCGGGCCCUCGUCACCUGGUGGUCAUUUUCUGCAAGCCCAGCACUGUCACCCUCCCCUCCCUGCCCCGGUGUCGCUGAUCAUACAAACGACAACUCGGAAAAGUAGGCUGUAAGAUAAAAAUGAAGACCAAUGUUUUUUAUUUUUAAAUAAACCAAAAAACCCCUAAAAAACCCAA